AUGACCAAGCAAACCUCAACACAAGACUCGCCGACCUUUAUCGGUCUGAAGGGUAAAACCCUUCAAAAUAUUGUUAGUGUGAUGGCUUCCGUUGGAUUUCUGCUCUUUGGUUACGAUCAAGGAGUUAUGGGUUCUCUAUUAACGCUGGACUCAUUUAAAAAGACGUUUCCCUCUAUCGACACUUCUCGUCAUAGCGAUGCAGCCACAAUGCAAGGCUUCACAAUAGCUGUGUAUGAGAUCGGUUGUCUAUUCGGUGCGCUCUCUACCAUGGGCUACGGCGACAAAAUCGGUAGAAGGAAAUGUAUUUUUAUUGGGUGUGCAAUUAUGAUCGUGGGGGCAAUAUUACAGUGCUCUGCUUUUACUGUCGGACAUUUGAUAGUUGGCAGAAUUGUUACAGGAGUUGGAAACGGCAUCAACACCAGUACAAUUCCUAUGUGGCAGGCAGAAUGUUCCAGGCCUGAAGGCAGAGGGAGACUGGUGAUGAUAUCUGGAGCACUCAUUACAGGAGGAAUUGCAUUUUCCUACUGGGUGGACUUUGGCUUCUAUUUCACUUCCGGACCAAUCUCGUGGCGUUUUCCAGUUGCUUUCCAACUAAUCUUCCCAAUACUUAUCAUGCCAUUUAUACUGAGAUUCCCAGAAUCUCCAAGGUGGCUUGUUAAAAAAUCACGGUUGGACGACGCACGGUUGGUUUUUGCGGCCUUAGAUGGAACUCCAGUUGACCAUCCUGAGGUUAAAUCCCAGUUGCGUGAUGUCCAGAAAUCAUUAGAGGAAGAACACAUUGCUGGAGGUGACUCAUUUGAUUUCAAGAGGCUGUUUUCCCAAGGAGAGCAUCGUGAUUUUCAUCGGCUUAUGCUUGGCCUAUGGGCACAGAUCUUCCAGCAGAUAUCGGGUAUCAAUCUCAUUGUCUACUACGCUGGUACCAUAUUUGAAAAUUACAUUGGAAUGUCGGCAUUGAACUCGCGUAUUCUAGCUGCCUGCAAUGGCACGGCUUUUUUCCUUGCUGCCUGGAUAGCGUUUUUAUUUAUUGACAAUAUCGGCCGUCGCAAACUGAUGCUUUUUGGUUUGGUGGGCCAGACUCUCUCGAUGGCAAUGCUGACUGUCACCACUUGGGAGUCGGAGAACAAGGAUAAUAGUGGUGCUGCCAUAGGUGCCGCUGUUCUUUUGUUUGUCUACAACACAUUCUUUGGUGUCGGGUGGUUAGGAAUGGGCUGGCUCUAUCCCGCAGAGGUCCCACCAUUGAGUAUCAGAGCUCCAGCAAAUGCAAUAUCUACAGCUGGAAAUUGGUCAUUCAACUUCCUGGUGGUCAUGAUUACACCAGUGGCAUUUGAAAGCAUCAAGAGCUUCACUUAUUUGAUUUUUGCAGCCCUAAAUCUGCUAAUGAUCCCAGCUGUAUAUUUCUUGUUUCCUGAAACUGCUGGUAGAUCUUUGGAGGACUUGGACGACAUAUUUGCUCAAUGUGACCCUUGGAAGCCUUGGACAAUUGUCAAAAUUGCCAGCAGACAUCCGAAAACAGAAGCUAAAGUGGCAACAGCGGAUUCUUUGCUGGAGCAAGGCAAAGUGGAGGCAGAAAUGUACGAGGAUUCGGAGGAGGUUUCCUAA